AUGGGCUCAAUCUCCGAUCCUUCAAAACUCAAACCCAACCCGCGGCUCUCCCUCUUCUCCACCCUCCCCCCAAUCCCAGCAGACGAACCCUUCUCCGUCAACGGCGCCUACCUAUCCGACACCCACCCACAAAAAGUAAACCUCGGAAUCGGCGUCUACCGCACCAGCACUGGAAACCCGUGGCCGCUCAACGUCGUCGAAGAAGCCGAAUCACGGAUCUAUGAUGCCCGCAACAAAGAUAGACACGAGUACCUCUCGAUCCAAGGCGACCGGGAAUUCCUCAAUCUAGCCUCAGACCUCGUCUUCGGCUUCGACUCCACCACCUCACCCCAGAUACGGGACAGAGUAACCUCAGUCCAAACGGUCUCAGGAACAGGCGCCAACCGACUAGGCGCGGAACUCCUAUCCCGACACAUUCGCCCCAAAACAGUCUGGAUCCCAAACCCAACCUGGGCAAACCACCACACAAUCUGGGACCUAGCAGGGGUCCCCGAAAAGAGCUACCCAUACUACGACGCGCAAAAGAAGAAAUUCAACUACAUAGGCACAAUGGAAUCCCUCUCAAAGGCCCAGAAAAACGACGUCGUCAUUCUCCACGCUUGCGCACAUAACCCCACCGGCGCAGAUCCCACCCCGACACAAUGGGAAUCCAUCGCCAGACUCUGCGCCGAGAGGGGGUUGAUUCCCUUCUUCGACCUCGCGUAUCAAGGCUUUGCAUCCGGGGACGCGGCGCAGGACGCAUGGGCCAUCCGGCAUUUUUUCGGGCUUGAGCUGGAAUUCUGCGUUGCGCAGUCUUUUUCGAAGAAUUUUGGGCUUUAUGGGCAGCGGGUUGGUGCUUUGCAUGUCGUUUCCUUCCCUUCCCUGGACAAAAAUACCGCUGCUGGUGGGGUUGGGGGUGACAUCCUUGCGAAUCUAUGCCAUCUCGUUCGGGGUGAGUAUUCCAUGGCUCCAAGGGGCGGAGCCGAGAUUGUUCGGACUGUUCUCGGUGAUGCGGAGUUGCGGGGAAGGUGGUAUGAGGAUUUGGGGGUUAUGAGUACUCGGAUUCAGGAUAUGCGGAGGGCGUUGUAUGGGGAGUUGGUUAGGUUGGGGACGCCAGGGAGCUGGGAGCAUGUUUUGGAUCAGGUUUGUUCUGCUCUCAUUCUACGUGAUAUUGUUAGCUGA